AUGGCUAACAGUUUCUAUUGGUACGACCUGGAAACCACAGGUACUGAUCCGAAAUGGGAUCGUAUUGUGCAGUUUGCCGGUCUUCGUACUGAUGCUGAUCUGAAUAUUCUAGAUGACGAGUUCAGCACCUAUGUUUAUACGCCGGAUGACGUGUUACCUAAUCCCCAUGCCAGCCUGGUCACCGGUAUUACCCCUCAUCUGACCCAAGCACGUGGCAUACCUGAAAGCGAAGCGCUGCGUAAAAUUAAUGACAUUUUCAUGCAGCCGGGUACCUGUGUUGCGGGCUACAACAGUUUGCGUUUUGACGAUGAGUUCAUGCGUUACUCCCUUUAUCGCAACCUCCUGGACCCUUACGCGCGUGAGUGGCAGCAGGGAAAUUCACGCUGGGAUCUGAUCGAUCUGGUCCGUGCAACCGGCGCAUUGCGUCGCGAGGGUAUCAACUGGCCAGAGGAUGAGGAUGGCUUGCCGGUGUACAAAUUGGAAGAGCUGACCCGCGCCAAUGAUAUCUCCCAUGGGCAGGCACAUGACGCCAUGUCGGAUGUGCAUGCAACUCUGGGUAUGGCGAAGUUGAUCAAGAGCGCUCAGCCUAAGCUGUUUGAAUAUUAUUACUCCAUGCGACACAAAAAAAGCGUUCGCAAUCUGCUGGAGCCCGUUGGUACAAAACUCAAUGUGCACGUCUCCGCGCUGUACCCACGGCAUCGCUUUGGUGUAGGUCCUGUCAUUUCGAUUGCCCGCCACCCCAGUAACGGGAAUGCCAUGAUUGUGGCUGAUCUGGGUGAAGACAUAGAACCCCUGCUGGAGAUGAGUGCGGAUGAAAUCAGCGCUGCGUUGUUUACGACGGAUGGCGGCGAGCGACCUCCGUUGAAAGAAAUACGCAUCAAUCGCUGUCCGUUUGUGGCACCCAUUGAAGUACUCAAUGAAGAGAAUCAGCAGCGCUUGCAGAUUGAUCUGAAGCUGAUUAAAGAAAGGGCGCGCAGGCUCAAGCAGCCGGGUUUCGCUGAUAAAGUUGCGAGGGCGUAUUCGCAGCGCAAAAAUCAGCCUGCCGUUGAUGUCGACGCUGCGCUAUACGAUGGAUUCCUGCAGGAUGAUGAUCGCUCUCGUUGCGCGGCGUUACAUGAAGAGUUGAUUGCCGGCCGCUGGCAGGAUCUGGAUUUUCGAGACAAGCGCCUGCACACCCUGGCCGCACGUAUGAAAGCACGAUCUUAUCCUGCGCUGCUUGAUGAAGCUGAACAGAAACAGUGGCGCAAUUUUGUGAUUACAAAACUUGAAGGGGAUGGCGAUUGGCUGAAUCUUCGCGACUACGAGGCGCUGAUUGAACAAUUGUUUGCGCAGCCUGAUAUGUCUGUUGAACAACAUCAGAUUAUGCAGAAGCUGGCAGAGCACGGGGUCAGCAAACGCUACGACCAACUCACGGUGCUGGAUGAUGUGUCAGUCAACUGCCCCUCUGCAGCCUGCACCGCCAUAGUUGGCGCAAGCGGCAGUGGUAAAACCACAAUGCUGCAACUGGUCAAUGGUGUUGUCCGGCCAGAUAGCGGCACGGUUAAAGUGUUUGACGAGCAGGUACCCGACAGCGAGGUUGAGCAUUUUCGCCGCAAGAUAGGUUAUGCGGUGCAGGGCGCUGCGCUAUUUCCCCAUAUGACGGCAUGGGAGAACGUUACUCUGGUAGCGCGCCUGCAGGGAAUCGCUUCUGAUGAGAUGGAGUCUCGUUAUCAGCAGCUGGUGCAGGAUAUGGAUCUGCCCGAAGACAUCCGUCACCGCCUGCCCAGGGAACUUUCCGGUGGGCAGCAACAGCGUAUCGGGUUGUGUCGCGCCUUGAUGUUAAAGCCCUCGCUGCUUCUGCUGGAUGAGCCCUUCUCCGCAGUGGAUCCUAUCACCCGGGUGGAUAUCUACGAUCGGUUUGCUUACGUGCAGAAGCAUGAAGGUGUCAGUAGUUUGCUGGUGACCCAUGAUCUGCGUGAGGCGCGGCGGCUGUCUGACUAUCUGAUUAUACUGCACAAAGGGCGGAUUCAGCAGCACGGUUCAACUGUUGAUGUGCUGGGCGCCCCUGCUAACGACUAUGUGGAAUCGUUAAGAUGGCUGAUGCUGGUCGCCGUCGUGUGCUUUCUUUCCGUCAGUCUGCAUGCGCAGACAAUCCGGAUCGGUAGUAAGAACUUCAAUGAAAACUACAUUCUGGCGGAAGUUGUCUCGCAACUGCUUGAAGUCAGAGGGUUUACCGUUGAACGAAAGUUUGGCCUCGGUGGCACUCUGAUCUGUUAUCAGGCGCUUGUUGCGGGGGAAAUCGAUAUCUAUGUUGAAUACACCGGCACGCUGAGUCAGGCAAUUCUCGAUUUACCUGGUAAUCCUGAUCGGCGCGCAUUGAACGAAGCGCUGCAGCCGGUUGGCCUGGAACUGUUAAACGAGUUUGGUUUCAACAAUACCUACGCGAUAGCCGUGCAGAAGCAGGUUGCCGAAGCGCGCAACCUGAAGACCAUCGGGGAUCUGGCCGCACACCCGGACCUGGAAGUGGUGGUUUCCCAUGAGUUCCUGGAGCGGGGAGAUGGCUGGCCUGGCUUGAGCCAGGCCUACGGUCUGACAGCGCCUGUCAGGGGGAUCGAACAUGGCCUUGCUUAUCAGGCCAUCAGCAAGGGUGCAAUUGGCGUGACUGAUGUAUACAGCACGGAUGGAGAGCUGAUUCGAUAUGAAUUGACUGUUCUGCAGGAUGAGCUGGAUUAUUUUCCACGCUACUAUGCUGCGCCUCUGGUGCAGCAGACACUUCCCCAGGGUGCUCGUGAUGCGCUGAGCGUGCUGGCAAACGUCAUAAGUGAUGAAGCUAUGCAAAAACUCAAUGCCGCUGUGGUUUUUGAAGGUAAGUCGUUUGCUCAGGUGGCAUCAGGUUUUCUUGCGUCGAUCGAUGUUGAGACCACGGUUGCUGAACCCUCCAUGUGGCCCUCGUUGAUGAGAAAUACGCUGCGCCAUCUGCAGUUAACCGGCAUCGCGUUGGGUUUAGCCAUUGUGGUUGGUCUGGGCCUGGCGCUGUUGGUAUAUCGGGUCGAUUGGCUCAGUAGUAGUGUGAUUUACGUCAGUGGGCUUUUGCAGACUAUUCCCUCAAUAGCCUUGUUGGCAUUGAUGAUCCCUCUGUUUGGCAUAGGUAUGCUGCCGGCCAUCAUCGCGUUGUUUCUUUACUCUUUGCUGCCGAUACUGCGAAACGCCAUUACCGCGCUGACGCACGUAGACGUGACCCUGAUUCGUGUAUCCGAAGCAUUGGGGCUGACGAAUAAAGAGCAGCUCAAACACGUGUUGCUACCUCUGUCAGUGCCCGCGAUCUUUGCCGGGAUCCGUACCGCAGCAGUAAUCAGCAUAGGGACAGCAACGCUGGCAGCAUUUAUAGGUGCAGGCGGGCUGGGUGAUCCGAUUGUGGUUGGUUUGGCGCCAUUCCGGCAGCACUUCUGGCUAUUUUCACCGAGUUGGGAUUUACCCUGA